CGGGCUGGGAGCAAGAUGGCGUUGCGGCCGGGAGCGGGAGCUGGCGGCGGCGGGGCCGCGGGAGCGGGCGCGGGGGCAGCCGGGGGAAGCAGCUUCAUGUUUCCGGUUGCGGGUGGGAUGAGACCCCCUCAAGCAGGCCUGAUGCCGAUGCAGCAACAAGGAUUUCCUAUGGUCUCUGUCAUGCAGCCUAAUAUGCAAGGCAUGAUAGGAAUGAAUUACAGCUCUCAAAUGUCCCCAGGACCUAUUGCUAUGCAGGCAGGAAUACCAAUGGGACCAAUGCCAGCAGCGGGAAUGCCUUACCUGGGACAAGCGCCAUUCCUGGGAAUGCGUCCUCCAGGCCCACAGUACCCUCCAGACAUGCAGAAGCAGUUUGCCGAAGAGCAGCAGAAACGAUUUGAACAGCAGCAAAAGCUCUUAGAAGAAGAAAGAAAAAGACGCCAGUUUGAAGAGCAGAAGCAAAAGCUCAGACUUCUGAGUAGUGUGAAACCCAAGACAGGAGAGAAGAGUAGAGAUGAUGCUUUGGAAGCCAUAAAAGGAAACUUAGAUGGGUUUUCCAGAGAUGCUAAGAUGCACCCUACUCCGGCAUCGCACCCUAAGAAACCAGAUUAUCCCACAUCAUCUCAUUCUGCUAAAACUGUCUCCCCAUCACCUGCCUUUCUUGAUGAAGAAGAAUUCAGUGACUUUAUGCAGGGGCCUGUUGAACCUCCCACAUGUGGGCCUUCUUCCACUUCCCAGGCUUUUCAGUCUUUCCAUCCCACCACCCCACUUGGCCAGUUGCAUGUACAGAAGGCUGGAGCACAGGCUCUCCCUCCAGGCCCUUCCUUGGAGGAGAUGUUCCUAGUAUCUUGUGAUAUAAGUACAUCUGAGCAGAAACAAAUUAAAUUAAAUACUUCUGAAGUUGGGCACAAAACCCUAGGCCCAGGUUCCAGUAAGAACCAUCCCAGUUUAACGGCUAAUAACGGGGGUGCUGUAGAUGGACGUGUAAGUGGUACCACUACUGCCGAGGCAGAAAAGACUUCAGACCAAAACCUGUCCAUUGAAGAGAGUGGUGAGCUCAUGAAAUACUCAGCAAAAAGUGUGGGAGUGUUUCCCUCACAGGAUCCUGUUCAGCCCAGAAUGCCUCCUUGGAUUUACAAUGAGAGUUUGGUUCCAGAUGCCUAUAAGAAAAUUUUAGAAACCACAAUGACUCCAACUGGAAUAGAUACUGCUAAACUUUAUCCCAUUCUGAUGUCAUCUGGACUUCCCAGGGAAACUCUUGGACAGAUAUGGGCCUUAGCUAAUCGAACUACACCUGGCAAACUUACUAAAGAGGAACUUUACACCGUUCUCGCCAUGAUAGCAGUGACACAGAGGGGUGUUCCUGCCAUCAGUCCUGAUGCUUUAAACCAGUUCCCAGCGGCUCCUGUUCCAACUUUAAGUGGCUUUCCUAUGACUUUGCCUACCACGGUGAGUCAGCCGACUGGGAUGCCUUCUGGCCCUGCAGGCUCCAUGCCCCUCAACCUCGGACAGCCAGUCAUGGGCAUUACCCUCGUUGGACCAGUGGGGGGAGCUGCAGCCCAGGCUUCCAGUGGCUUCAUGCCAACUUACCCUGCAAAUCAGGUGGUAAAACCAGAAGAUGAUGAUUUCCAGGAUUUUCAAGAUGCUUCUAAGUCAGGAACCCUGGAUGACUCAUUCUCUGAUUUCCAAGAGUUGCCUGCUUCUUCAAAAACAAGUAGUUCCCAGCAAGGAACCAGUGCCCCUUCUUUGUUGAUGCCACUUCCAGGAGCUAAAGCAUCAGCUUCCAUGGAUAAAUACGCUGUGUUUAAAGGAAUUUCAGCUGACAAGUCCGCUGAAAAUAGUGUUCCAUUUGGAGAGCCUGGUGAUAAGUAUAGUGCUUUCAGAGAACUCGAACAGACAGCAGAGAGUAAAUCUUUAGGAGAAAACUUUGCAGAAUUCAGAUCUGCAGGAAGUGAUGAUGGUUUCACCGACUUUAAAACCGCCGAUAGUGUAUCACCACUAGAGCCACCAACGAAAGACAAAACGUUUCCAGCAGCCUUCCCCUCAGGAGCUCUCCAACAGAAACAGCAAACACACGUGAAAAACCCUCUGAACUUAGCAGACCUAGAUAUGUUUUCCUCGGUUAGUUAUAGCAGCGAGAAACCGUUGUCUUUUUCACCUGCAUUUAGUGCGUCCAAAUCUGUUUCCACACGACCACAGCCAGCAGGAUCUGCUGCACCCACGACAGUACUGGCGUCAACUAAAGCUUCGAGUUUAGCUGAUGAUUUUGGAGAAUUCAACCUUUUUGGGGAAUAUUCUAGUCCAGUGUCUGUUGGGGAGCAGGAUGACUUUGCAGAUUUUAUGGCUUUCAGUAAUAGCUCUAUUUCAUGUGAGCAAAAGGCAGAUGACAAAUAUGACGCCCUUAAAGAGGAAGCCGGUCCUGUUCCUCUAACCAGCAGCUCAAGCAGCACAGUGAAGAGUGGACAAAACUCAGCUGUUGCGUCUACCAAAUAUGAUGUCUUCAAACAACUUUCUCUGGAAGGAUCUGGACUAGGUGUUGAAGAACUGAAAGAUAGCACUCCUUCAGGAAAAAGUGACGAUGAUUUUGCUGACUUCCACUCCAGUAAAUUUUCUUCCAUGAGCUCGGAUAAAUCCCUGGGAGAGAAAGCAGUGGCUUUCAGACACACCAAAGAAGACUCUGCUUCGGUGAAAUCCUUGGAUCUCCCUUCCAUUGGUGGCAGCAGCGUUGGCAAGGAGGACUCUGAAGAUGCACUCUCUGUUCAGUUUGACAUGAAACUGGCUGAUGUGGGAGGAGAUCUUAAGCAUGUCAUGUCUGAUAGCUCUUUGGAUUUACCAACAGUUAGUGGCCAGCAUCCUCCUGCUGCAGAUAUAGAGGACUUAAAAUAUGCUGCUUUUGGAACCUACAGUAGCAAUUUUUCAGUGAGCACACUUACGAGCUAUGACUGGUCAGACAGGGACGAUGCGUCUCAGGGCAGAAAACUCUCUCCAUUUGUCCUCUCAGCAGGAAGCGGAUCCUCCUCGGCGGCCUCAGUUCUUCAAAAGAAAGAGCCUUCAUUUGGCAGUUCCGAAAACAUCACCAUGACAUCUCUCUGCAAAGUCCCAACCUUCGCAAGUGAAGAUGCCCUUCCGGAGACUGCCUUCCCAGCUUUUGCCAGUUUUAAAGAUGUCAUUCCUCAGACCAGUGAGCAAAAGGAAUAUGAAAGUGGGGACUACAAAGAUUUCACAAGACAGGACCUGCCCACAGCUGAACGGAGCCAGGAGGCUACGUGUCCAAGCCCAGCUUCCAGCGGUGCUUCUCAUGACACCCCCAAAGAAUGUUCAGAUGACUUUGGAGAGUUUCAGAGCGAAAAGCCUAAAAUCAGCAAAUUUGACUUUUUAGUGGCCAAUUCCCAAAGCAAAAUGAAAUCCAGUGAAGAAAUGAUCAGAAGUGAGCUGGCAACCUUUGACCUUUCUGUUCAAGGGUCUCACAAGAGGAGUUUGAGCCUUGGUGAUAAAGAAAUAAGCCGUUCUUCUCCUUCUCCGGCUUUGGAGCAGCCCUUCAGAGACCGUUCCAACACUCUGAGUGAGAAGCCCGCUCUGCCUGUCAUCCGUGACAAGUACAAAGAUCUGACAGGAGAGGUGGAGGAGAAUGAGAGAUAUGCAUAUGAAUGGCAGAGAUGCCUGGGGAGUGCCCUGGAUGUCAUUAAGAAGGCAAAUGAUACCUUAAAUGGAAUCAGUAGUAGUUCUGUGUGCACGGAAGUAAUUCAGUCAGCGCAAGGCAUGGAAUAUUUAUUAGGUGUUGUUGAGGUGUACAGGGUAACGAAACGUGUGGAGCUGGGGAUCAAAGCCACUGCGGUCUGCAGUGAGAAGCUCCAGCAGCUGCUCAAGGACAUCGAUAAAGUGUGGAAUAACCUAAUCGGCUUCAUGUCACUUGCCACACUCACGCCAGAUGAAAAUUCACUGGAUUUUUCCUCUUGUAUGCUACGGCCUGGGAUUAAAAAUGCUCAGGAACUUGCUUGUGGGGUGUGCCUUUUAAACGUGGACUCGAGGAGCCGGAAAGAAGAGAAGCCUGCAGAAGAACAUCCUAAAAAAGCAUUCAACUCAGAAACAGACAGUUUCAAGCUGGCAUAUGGAGGACACCAGUAUCACGCCAGCUGUGCCAACUUCUGGAUCAACUGUGUUGAACCAAAACCUCCUGGCCUUAUCCUUCCUGAUUUGCUCUGAAAAGUUCCUCUGUGAAGUACCAACUGGCUUUUUUUCUGUCCCACGCCAUUGGGUGACAGGGACCAAUAAACAGAAUGCGAGUACUGCAAAGUUCACCUCCGUGAAGCUCCAUGAAGAAUUCCCUAAGAGGCAGAGGGAGAGAAAAGCUGCGGAAAGCUCCCUGUCAUUCCUGCAGAUGAGCUUUGUCCCUAGUUCCCGCUGCCAGUCUUUGGGAUUUGAGGUAAAGUUGCCCUACCAAACUGCAUGUGGCACCGAAAGUUUGCUAGCUUAUCUCUAGUUCUCUUAAGAUGUUUUACAAUAUGGACCACAGUUUUCCUUAUCUAAGGAAUAAAUCGCUGCUGCAGUGUUGAAGCUGUGAAGAAUUGACAUUUGAAGAAAAAUAAAUUAUCGUAGGACUGGAAUUGGCAAGAAUGUUUCGAGCCAGUGUUUGUUUAUAUCUAGAACACUUACUGUCCUGUGAAGUAGAAUGUUUGUCAAUAUCUGAAAUGAAUAAAAAGGGGAAAUUGUGAUUAAA